AUGGAGCGAAUAAUCCGCCGCUCAAUCCUCGCCAAAGCCUCUGCCGCAAGACGGUACGCUCGAGAAGCCCAACUAAAAAUCGCCUAUAAACGUAUGAAACGUAACCAAUACGAUGCCAUGCUUCGAGAACACCACCGUUAUGUCAACAAAAUCAAAUCCGAGUUAGUCGAAGACGUUAAAAUGGGUCCGUUGGCUCCAAUAAGAGGACGAGAUGCCAAGGAUAGAAUUGCAAGAGAUUUACCGACUGCAGAUGCGAUGAGGUUGCCGGAAGUUGUGGAACCUAGGAAGUUUUUUAAUAUUGCUGUGGGGGAUAGGGUGGUUAUUCUUAAUGGGAAGGAUAGGAAUAAAGUAGGGCUUGUGAAGGAGGUGGAUCCGGACACGGAUAGUGUUAAAGUGCAGGGAUUGAAUGUGUAUCCAAUCAGAACACCCGAUUACUUCGAAGGCCUCGAUGGUGGCGAUUCGCCUGGUAUGGAUCAAGAAUGCAGCAUAGCCUACACCGACGUCCGUCUCGUCCACCCGAUCGAAGAUCCCAAAACCGGUGCCCUCCGCGAUGCAAUCGUCAAGAAAAUCAAAAUCUCCAACGUAACAAAGGACGCUCAAGGCAAACGAACAUGGACCCGUUGGGUCGCCUUUUCGAAAACUGAAAUUCCUUGGCCGAAGAAGACCGAGCCGGAAUAUCAGGAUGAACAAUGUGAUACCAAACGUAUGGAUGCCGAGGAGAGGACUUACGUGCCUACUUUACUUAAACCACCAAUUCCGGAUGGAGCAAUCAAUGAGCUACGAGGGAAGUUCAGUAAAUUCAGGGAUAGGCAUGACCGAGAAUACAUUGAACAGAAGAUGAGGGAAGACGAAGAAGAGAAGUCGAGGAAGAAGGCGAGAGUUGUAACACCGUUGAUGGAUAUCAAUAGAAAGAUUAGACGGGAGAAGAUCGAGAAGGGCAAGACUCAGAAGUUAACAGGCAGUAUCUUAGAACAAUUGGGUCGGACGAUGGCACAAAGUGGUACUCCUUUCAUGAAGGAACGUCCAAAUAGACUAAAGAUUUUGGCAGAGAUCGAGCGGCAAGAACAAGCAGGCUUUGGGUUCAGACCGGCACUUGGACAGUUACCAGCGAGGAAUUUGGAGACUCCCCCGGCGGCCUCGCAGUCCGCUCCACCGAGCUGA